AUGUAUGGGGACGAAACUAAGCUGUUAGAUCAUUUACAACUGCGCUUAGAGAGAGCUCAGGCAGAAAGUCCAACCCUUGAGGGACAACGAAGUCUCCUCAAGUAUAUAUGGCCCACUGUGACCCAGUUGGAGAAACGAGGCGUUUCACUCAACGGGUCGUUCAUAACUCGAAAGAUACUAUCCAAAUUCCAACCGGAAAUCCAACGGAAAGUCCUCGAACAUCGCUUGAAGAGCUCAACGACUGAGCGCACAUGGAUCAUGCAGGACUUACUGAAGGACUUGGAUCAGGUAAUAGAAACUGAGGAACAAAUAAGAUACAUGAUGCGGAGAACCAACAACUCCAACCACACAGGUAUAAAAGGUGGUGGUGCCGAAAAUGGAACCAAGCAUGCGCAGAAAGGAAACACAUUCUGUAUUUUCUGCGCCAGUAGUGACCACAAAUCCCUUUUAUGCACCAAAUACGCGUCACCUGAAGAUAGGAAGAGGGUCUUCCUGGACCAAGGUAGGUGCCUGAAUUGCGGCACCCCAGGCCAUUUCACAAAAGCUUGCACUAAGGAAGGGUGCAGAUUAUGUGAUGGCAAGAAGCACCACCAUACAUUGUGCCCGGCAAAGAUGAAGUCAUCUUACAUGCCACAAAUGCGACCAGAAUAUCGCAAGAAGGAGUUUAACACAAUUCCAACUGUAACGGAUGCGCAGAAGCGCAACAGUCACAGUGGCACAGGGAGGCCACAAUCCAAGUAA